UCCCGAAAUGCAUUGACGCUACCUAUCUCUGGCGCCAUUAGAAAACACUGUGGGGAAUCCCUGAAUGAAACUCGGUUUCACCUUGUUUGGAAAAUCCACUAUUGUACAUUGGCCCCCAAGGGUCAACACAGGAGGAAAUCAACGAUGGGAAUAAAGGUCCAGCGUCCACGCUGCUUCCUCGACAUAGCCAUCAGCAAUGUGCUUGUUGGAAGAGUUGUGAUCGAAUUGUUUUCUGACGUAUGUCCCAAAACAUGUGAGAACUUCCGAUGCCUCUGCACAGGGGAGAAGGGGAUUGGGAAAGGAACUCAGAAACCACUGCAUUACAAAGGAUGCCUAUUCCACCGAAUUGUUAAGGACUUUAUGAUUCAAGGAGGAGACUUUAGCGAAGGCAAUGGAAAAGGGGGUGAAUCCAUCUAUGGAGGAUUCUUCGAAGAUGAAAGCUUCUCCAUCAAACACAACAAGGAGUAUCUCCUGUCGAUGGCCAACAGAGGCAAGGACACCAACGGGUCACAGUUUUUCAUAACCACAAAGCCCACACCUCAUCUUGAUGGUGUUCAUGUGGUCUUUGGCCAAGUGAUCUCUGGUCAAGAAGUCGUCAAGACUAUGGAGAGUCAGAAAGCCGAUCCAGGCAGCAAACCCUAUUCUGAAGUCAAAGUUCUAAACUGUGGAGAACUCAUUCCUAAAUCUCGAGCUAAGAGAGAGGAGAAGAGACGUCAGAAGGCGUCUGCGUCUAGCGACAGCGACUCCUCCUCCGACAGCUCCUCCGACUCCUCCUCGGACUCCUCCGACUCCGAAAAAGAGUCCAAGAAACGCAAGAAGAAGCUCAAGAAGGAGUCCAAGAAGAAGGAGAAGAAACAGAAGAAGAAGAAAGAUAAGAAAGGGUCGGAGGCGGGCAGCGCUGAGGAGAACGACGAGGAGCAGGUGACGUCCACGGUGCGGCCCGAGGAGAUCCCGCCCAUCCCUGAGAACCGCUUCCUCAUGAGGAGGAGCCCACAGCAGCAGCCGCAGGAGGAGGAGGCAGGGAGGGACAGGAGGAGGAGGGACGACAAGCCCAGAGACGGCAUGUUGAAUUCUCAAUCAACAUACAACAGGAGGCUUGUGAUGACCAGAUCAGGCAGGAAGAUUAAAGGCAGAGGCCCAAGACGGUAUCGCACCCCGUCCCGCUCCAGAUCCCGAUCGAGGGAUCGCUUCCGUCGAAGCGAGACCCCCCCGCACUGGCGCCAGGAGAUGCAGCGGCAGAGGGUGCGAGCGUCUAGCGGGGAGCGCUGGAUCAAGGGGGACAAGGGUGACAUGAACGAGGGCAGGGGUGAAACCGCUAAAGCUGCCAGAGGAGAGAGGAGGCCGCCUGACAACCCCUCUGAAGGCCCCAACAAAACCAGAGAGAGAGACAAGAAGGCUCGCUCCCACAGGUCCAGGAGCAAAGACAAGGACGAGAAGGCUCGCUCCCACAGGUCCAGGAGCAGAGACAAGGACGAGAAGGCUCGCUCCCACAGGUCCAGGAGCAGAGACAAGGACGAGAAGGCUCGCUCCCACAGGUCCAGGAGCAGAGACAAGGAGGAGAAACAGGACAAGUCCAAGGAGAAGAGAAAGGCCAAGUCCAGGAGCCGCAGCAAGAGCAAGGAGACAAGCGCCAGGUCCAAAAGCAGAGAGGGGGGUCCUAAACGGAGCAAAGGAGAUGAGAGGAGCGGCCGCUCAAGGAGCAAAGACCGCUCUGGGGAAGACAAAGAGAAGGUGCCCGAGUCAGGGCCUCAGGAAGCAGAGAGGAGCAAAGAUGGAAGCGAAGACGGAAGUAAAGAGAGAUCGAAGCAGGCUGAACCUGACGAGCAGAAAGACGACAGUAAGGGGAAGAACGGAGAGGGGGUCAAGGCCAAGUCGCCGAGCAAGGAGAGGAACUCAGCCAAGGACAGACACCGAUCCAACAGCAGGAGCAGGGAUAGGGGGAGGCGGGCCGCUUCGCGAGACAAGGACCAAGGGAGGGGGAGGGGGAGGGAGCACAGCAGGAGCGCAGACAGGAACAAGACCAGGGAGCGCAGCAGGAGCGCAGACAGGAACAAGACCAGGGAGCACAGCAGGAGCGCAGACAGGAACAAGACCAGGGAGCACAGCAGGAGCGCAGACAGGAACAAGGGCAGAACCUCUCGCAGAGGCAGGCGCUCCCGAAGCAGGAGCGAGCGUGGCAGAGACAGGUCAGCUCACAGGAGGACCAGGGACGGAGAGGACGGGCGCGCCAGGCGGAGGUCUCGGAGCCGACACGGAGACAGCUCCGAUAGCAACGCGGAGAAGAAGCGGGGCAGGAGGAGCCCCGCCUCCAGGAGAAGCCCCGCCUCCAGGAGAAGCCCCGCCUCCAGGAGAAGCCCCGCCUCCAGGAGGAGGGGGGACAGUCCGCAGAAAGAGACGGGGAAAAGUAAGGACAGAGAUCACGGCAAGAAGUACAGCUCCAGCUCCAGUUCUGAUGACAGUGACUAGGUAGAAAAGUUCACUUAACAGUCCUAAAACAUACAAAAUUAUCAUCCUGUUGCCCUAACCUGUAGAGAAAUGUCAUGUUAUAUUUGUUGGCUUCUCAACGACUGCUAUUUCUGAGGUGUUUAGUGUUUUGCAGAGGAUGUGAUGUCUGUUUUGGUUGUGUCCCUUGUUUUAUUUUCUGAAAUUGUUUGUUUCUUUUUACAAAUGUUCCCAGUGUGAUCAGUGAAGAGGAUGUGAUGUGUGACAGCAAGGUGCUGUGGGAAUGUCUCACAAUAAACACACACCAGCUUUGAUUUGGCUCCAUUUUGACAGCUCAAAGGGAAAGGACGUGCAUUUUAGUGUAACAAUUUGAAUCGUCAACAAUCUUUUUUGUUUCAGAAUCCCAUAAUAUUACGGUGAGAUUACAUGCACACAUUACCACACAGCUGAAGGAUUCUUUUUAACAUCCUCAUGUUUUUCCUUUUAAACGGUCAGCAUUGAAAUGGAACAUUUCAAAUUGGUUUGUAAUUAGUUUAUUUUGUCUUCAUUUGUUUGAAGGAGGUGAUAUUUCAGAUAUGAGUUGUGGUUAAUUGGUUGCAACAAGCAUACUGGAACAAGAUUUCUAUAACCAAAUAGAUGUGAAUCCAUACCUUUUUGUACAUUGAUCGUAUCCAUUAUACAUUCUUUUCUUUAAUUGAACUGUAAAAUACGUGGUUGAAAAUGUUUAUCAUGUUAUUACAUCCCGGGCAUGACUUUUCUUUUAUCUAGAACUAAAAAAUAAUUAAAUAACUUCUGACAUGUCUUUUGAAUAAAGUCAAAUGGUUUUCA